CACACACAAAUUUCUCUCUUAAAAUGUUAACAGCCACAAGGAGGAAAGAAAGCGCCAUUUCUGCUUCUUCUUACUUCGAUCCUUUUGUGAGAAAGAGAGAGAGAUAAAGUUUCUUCCUUUUCCCCACGUUUCACGUCCCACCUCUUACCUCUUCAAGCCCUACAAGUUUCGACUUCUCUGAUCAAACCCAAAAAAAAAAAAAACAAAAAAAAAAUCGAAUUUUUUCCGGUUUAGUGUUUUCCGGCGAGAUGGCCAACGACGGGACUGACCCAUUACUUCAAUACAUGAUAAGCCCGAAAAUGAAAAGACCACCGCAGCUUCUGUUUCCAUUACCUGAAGACAACGAAGUCGCGAUUCCGAUGCCGAUGACACCGUCGGAGUUCAAAGACCGUUUAAUCUUCGGACCCUUUUCACGUUCUCCGCGUGAUUCGUCUUCUCAAUUCAUCGAUUCCAUCUCUCAGUCUCAGAAACAACCCUCGCCGUCUUCUUCUUCCGCCGCCGUUACCCCUUUCACCGAUUCCACAACCCUAGAGCCUCUCCUUCCACCAUCAACAACACCACCACCGCAACCGGAGCUAUGGGUUUCCGAUGGAUACUCGAAUCAUUCUCACGGUGGCCAUCCACUUCACCGUUCCAAAACCGCACCAGCGAUGGCUGUGAUCAACGAUGUGCAUCACCCAAUUCGUCAGAAAGAUCUCACUGAGGCGUCACGAUCUGUUGUAAGACAAGCUUUUGCUCUUCUCGUUGUGUACCUCUCCUUAGGUGUGCUUAUCUAUUGGCUUAACCGUGAUCAUUACGUUGUGAAUCAAACCCAUCCUGUAGUUGAUGGCUUGUACUUUUGUAUCGUUACAAUGUGCACGAUUGGUUAUGGUGACAUCACUCCGAACAGUGUGGUUACUAAGCUGUUCUCUAUCAUGUUUGUGCUUGUUGGGUUUGGUUUCAUUGAUAUAUUGCUUAGUGGGAUGGUCUCUUAUGUUCUUGACCUUCAAGAGAGCUAUAUGUUAAACUCUGCUCAGCGGAGGGAUGAGCCAGAGAAGAGGAGGUCUUAUAUAAUCGAUGUUAAGAAAGGGAGGAUGAGGAUUAGGUUGAAAGUGGGUUUGGCGUUAGGUGUUGUGGUUUUAUGCAUUGCUGUUGGUGUUGGGAUUAUGCAUUUCAUUGAGAACAUUGGGUGGUUGGAUUCGUUUUAUCUGUCAGUUAUGUCUGUUACUACUGUUGGCUAUGGAGAUAGGGCGUUUAAGACAUUGCCCGGUAGGCUUUUCGCUGCGAUAUGGCUGCUUGUUUCUACGUUAGCUGUGGCUCGGGCUUUUUUGUACUUGGCUGAGGCGAGAGUGGAUAAGAGGAAUAGGGAACGGGCUAAGAAAGUGCUUUGUGAGACUAUGUCUGUCUCUCAGUUUUUUGCUGCUGAUAUUGAUAACAAUGGCUGUGUGAGUAAAGCAGAGUAUGUAAUAUACAAACUGAAGGAGAUGGAGAAGAUAACCGAUAAGGACAUAAUUCCAAUCUCCAAACAGUUUGACAAACUCGACCGAUGCAGCAAUGGAAAGAUUACUCUUGUAGAUCUCUUGGAUAGUAGCAGUGGCGAUUAAUCCUCUGCAACCUUUUUUGUUCUAGCUUAGUUUACAAAUGCAUACUACAAAGUAGAAACUGAUCAACGAUGCUGAUGAUGAUGAGUCCAGUCUCCGGUUAAAUUAAACCGUUUUGGACCGAUCUUAUGUCUUUUGGCCUUGUCUUGCAUAAUUUUGGUUAAGCAGGAUUCACUGAUUCACAACCAAAAGUAAACAUCUCCUUUUACAUAAGAUCAUGAGGAUGAAUUUUGGGUUUUCGUUAACCUGUUUGAUAUGUUGCCAAAUGGUUAUGUCAAUCGGUUUACUUUGGUACGAUGGCAAGUUAUGUUUUCUCAUCUGUAUCAGAGAUUUACUUUGGAACCCAUGUAAUUUUUGCAGAUAUGAUUAUGAUAGUUAGGAUCAAAAGUUA